CAGUGCUGACCAAGGGAACCGACCCAAUCCGCUCAGGCAGGUAUAGCACCUGCAUUAAGCAUGGCUAGGUAUCUGUUUGUAUCCAUCUGUCUAUUUGGGAAAGCUGGAGAAUGGGUGAAGGGGAUUUUAGCUAUAACCCUGCUAACCUGAUUAGUUGGGCAAUACACAUCCUGGGUACAAAUACCAGCUCCUCCCCACUGCUCUUUCUAUCCUCAAGCUUCAGACCUCACAUAUUAUUCGAAAUCAUCACUACCAGUUUCUAAACAACUAUGAGCCCAAAACAUAUCGUCUUCAAGAAAAUAUCCAAGGACAAGUCGGUGGGUGUGUAUAUGGGGAAGAGAGACUUUGUUGACCAUGUUGACUCUGUGGAUCCAGUGGAUGGUGUCCUUCUCAUUGACCCUGAACAGCUUAAAGGGAAAAAAGCAUAUGUCACUUUAUCCUGCACAUUCAGAUAUGGAGGUAAUGACAUGGACGUGCUGGGCAUCACAUUCAGACGAGAGAUCUACAUAUCCAUCCGGCAGAUCUACCCCACACUGCAGGACAAAGAGCAGGGCAUUCUUACCAAGGUGCAGGAUAAAUUACUGCGUAAACUGGGUGUCAAUGCCUACCCAUUUUUCUUUGAAUUCCCUGACAACUUACCCUGUUCAGUAGGACUACAGUCAGCCCCAAAAGAUGUUGGAAAGCACUGUGCUGUUGAGUUUGAGGUGAAAGCUUUCUGUGCUGAAAGCCAGGAUACCAAAGUUCGCAAACGGAGCUCAGUACGUUUGAUGAUUCGCAAGGUCCAGUAUGCUCCAGAGAAUCUAGGGCCAGCUCCCUGUGUGGAGACCACUCGUGACUUUCUCAUGUCUGAUAAACCAUUGCACAUGGAGGCAAGCUUACAGAAGCAGACUUACUAUCAUGGGGAACCCAUCAAUGUAAGGGUCAAAAUUAGUAAUGACUCCAACAAAAAUGUGAGGAACAUCAUAAUUUCUGUGGAACAAAUUGCCAAUGUGGUGCUGUACUCCAAUGACAGUUAUAUGAAGGCAGUGGCCACAGAGGACUCUGGGGACUCUGUUGAUUCUGGUGCCAAACUGGAUAAAGUCUACACUUUGCUCCCCCUACUGGCCAAUAACCGAGAAAGGCUAGGCAUUGCACUGGAUGGAAAAUUGAAGCAUGAAGACACCAAUUUAGCCUCUUCAAGCAUCAUCAAAGAAGGUGUUCUGAAGGAAGUUUUGGGGAUCUUGGUGUCUUACAGAAUUGUUGUGAAGCUUAUUGUUGGAGGAAUUAUGGGAUCCAGGUAAAUAUUAUUUCUUUAAUCUUGGAUUCAGAAGGGCCUGCGGUUGAAAUCGUCACCACCUUUCUCCCUGUUACCGAUGGCCCUGCAUAU